GACCGCCGAAAACGCUGAAUUGAACGCGCAAACGUGGAACAUUUAUAGAACGUCUUCUACAACGUUGACGUAGUCAGUUUGAAUUGUUGAUCAGUGUGGUGUUCAGGUGGAAUUUCAUAAAUAUUUUGCAACAUGCCUAUCGAAUUGCAAACCGAAGACCGACUCGAAUACACCUUCUUCCCUAACGCUUCUGGCCUGCUCCAAUUCCGAGUGCGUGCGCCUAACGAUGCCCACGUCGCCCUCAGCCCUUCGGCCUCCGAAGCCACCCCUAUGUACGAAAUAUUCAUCGGCGGCUGGGGCAACUCGAAAUCCGUAAUCCGCAAGAACCGUACCAAACCCGAGGUCGCCGAAGCCAACACCCCCGGAUACCUCAACGGCGACGAGUUCCGCGGUUUCUGGAUCCGCUGGGAGAACGGCAACAUCAGCGUCGGUCACGAAGGUAACGCCACCCCCUUCCUGGAGUGGACCGACUUCGAACAAGUGCCUAUCGAGUAUAUUGGGGUGUGCACGGGCUGGGGUGCCAACGGGUCCUGGAUCAUCGAGGAGGCCAGAGGCGGUGGAGUCCCCCACCCCCAGGCGGCGCCUCUGAUUGGAGCCCGCAGCAACUUCGCCGGCCAGUGCUGGGUGCCGGCCAGAAACGGAGAAGUUCCUCCCAGGGCCUUCGCUGGAGGCGAAGACAAUGGAGAGGCGGUUUACGUGGUCAGAGCCAACUUCAACGGUGCUUUGAUUCCCGGAAAGUUGGUGCCUAGCCAUGGAACGUGUUACGUCCCAUGGGGUGGGCAAGAAAAUCCCGUCCCUGAGUACGAGGUGUUAUGCGACUUCCCCGGAAACUGGAUUGCUUGCAGUGGAGGGAACAUUCCGCCGAACGCGAUUACUGCUGGUCAGAGCGAAGACGGAGAAGCUUUGUACGUUGGUAGGGUGGUCCAUGAUGGGGCUCUUACGGUCGGAAAGGUCCAGCCUUCCCACGGGGUGGUUUAUAUUGCAUACGGCGGCAACGAAUUGGGAUUCCAGGAUUAUGAGAUUUUGGUACAAUAAAGAACUGAUGGCUAUAUUUUAUUCGCUUUCAUAUGUUGCUGCCUAGGAAUUCAAUCCAGCCUAAUCAAAUAUACGUUUAGACGAUGCUAGACUGCACUGUUGUGGCUUCUAGGUGCCUUAUAGUGUGUACCUAAAUGAAGUGUAUUAUUUUUAUAUAAUGGAAGCGGUAAUAUUAAAUCGUCUCGAUUAUUAUUGUUAAAUUAGCAACGUUUUGACAUAGUGGCUAACUGAAUUGGUACCACUCUACCAGUGUUUAUUUUAUAAGUCAAUAAUGAUCAUGUAAUUAAUAAUGAAAUAAAAUUUUUAUUUAUC